AUGAGUGGCCAAUUUGAGGUUUCUAACCUAGAGAUUAAGGCUAUUCUGGAGAAGGUGGUAGCAAAGUUUAGGAAGGAUUGGAGUAAUAAGUUGUAUGACACACUUUGGGCAUAUAGAACCGCAUUUAAGACCCCCAUUGGUACUUCACCCUAUAGACUUGUGUAUGGGAAAGCAUGUCAUCUCCCGGUGGAAUUAGAGUAUAAGGCUUAUUGGGAAAUCAAAUGGCUCAAUAUGGAUGCCAAGGUAGCGGGAGAAAAGAGACUUCUUCAACUUAACCAGUUAGAUGAGUUUCAAUUGUUAGCCUAUGAUAGUGUAUGUGUCUACAAGGAGAAAACCAAGAAAUGGCAUGACAAGAAGAUUCUUCCGAGAGAAUUCUAA